AUGUGUCUCAAAACGCUCGCCCUUGUCACCCUUUACGCCUUCGCAGUCUAUGCCGCAACCAACGAACCAUGCUACGGACGCAAUAGCAGUCCAGGCCUCUGCGUCUCCACAACCACCUGCAAAGAAGCCGGCGGAAAAUCCCACACAGGCGCCUGCAUAGGCAACGCCCGCGGCAGCGGCGCCGACCCCGGCAACAUCCAAUGCUGCGUCAAGUCCACCUGCACAGACAACGGCGCCUGUCUCUGGGAGAGCCACUGUGGCGGGGAAACAACCUCUAGCCAAUGUCCCGGCCCGGGAACCUUCAAAUGCUGCUCGAAGCGAAAGGGCGUCUUUGGGACGUACAAGACCCCUUCGGUGCCGACUUCGAACUGCGCCGCUUUGUCUGAGAAGGGAGCUAAGGCUGUGAUGAAGGAGUUCCCGGGGCGGACUAGGGUGAUGUAUUGCUAUGCCGGGGAUGAUCCGAGUAGUGAUCAUUAUACGGGCAUGGCGAUUGACUUUAUGAUAUCUGACGCGGGAGGCGUGAGUUUUACUUAUGUACGCCUGUCCACUCUGUUCUUAGAAGUGAGCCUGGGAAAGCGUCGGGAUCUAUCUGUUCGAUUAUGA